UCUACCAAUGUCUUUCUACUCCUCGUUCGCAGUGAUCGGUGCUGGCCUUCUUGGUGGCCCCAUCAUAGCCGCCCUCGCCGCAGAGCCCUCCGUCAAAGUGAUCCUCCUCUCCCGCAGCGCCUCCAAGACGGUUCCGGAGAACGUCCAGGUCGUCCAAGUCCCGUCGUACGACGACGUCGCAGCCGUCACCGCCGCGCUCAAGUCGCACAACGUCGAAGUGAUCGUGUCCACGCUAUCCACGGGAGCCAUUCCCGCUCAGGCGCCGCUGGUCGAUGCGGCGAAGCAAGCGGGUGUGAAGCUGUUUGUGCCGUCCGAGUUUGGCGCCCCCACAGACGGACACACCGAGCUCGAAUUCGGCCAGAAGAACAAGAUUGCCGGACAGCUCCGGAGCGUCGGCGUGCCCUAUCUCCGGAUCUUUAACGGAGUGUUCACCGAGUUUUUGACUUGGGCCGUGAACUACGAUGCCGCGGCCAAAAAGAUCUACGUGAUUGGUAAAUCAGAGGGGAUUGUCUCUGUCACAUCUAUCGGCGAUGUUGCAGGCUACGUCGCACAUGUGCUAACGCACCUACCUCCCUCUGCCCUCGAGAACCAGACCCUGCGUAUCGAAGGUGACCGCGUCCUCGGUUAUCGGUCUCUGGGGCCGCUCCUUGGUGCGGAAGUCGAGACGGUCAAGACACUCGAAGGGGAGAUGGCUGGCUUGAAGACGUUCUUGAUGCAAAUCGCUGACCAGGGUAUCGCUACGACCGGCCACGGCGUCGAAGGUGUGCCCGAUGAGGAGGCGUCCAAGAGCGGAAACGCGCUGUGGCCGGGACACCAGUGGAAGACUGUUAAGGAUGUCCUCGGUCUGUAGUCUACAAAGUUUACCAGUCAGGAUAUAGACGGAUGUAACUCAAUUCAGG